AUGGCCCUGGUGUCCUCCCUGGCACAGCUCCAAGCAGAGGUCAGCUGCCCCAUCUGCCUGGAUUACCUGAGAGGCGCAGUGACCACUGAGAGUGGACACAACUUCUGCCACUCCCACAUCCAGCAGUGCUGGGAGGAUCUCCAGGACACCUUCCCCUGUCCUGUCUGCCUCCAGCCCUGCCCCGAGAAGAGCUUUAGGAGGAACAGCCAGUCAUGUCUCAUGACUGAUGUGAAGAAUCUUCCCAGCACAGAGGACAUGAGGAAAUGGCAGAAAGAGAAACCUCUGUGUGAGAAGCACAAGCAGGUUCUGAGCCUGUUCUGUGAGAAGGACCUGGAGCUGCUGUGUCCCCAGUGCAGGGUCUCCUCGGAAUACCAUGAUCACCCCCUGGCACACAUGGAGCCAGCUGCCCCUCUCACAGGAGGAAGCUCAAAAGCUACAUUGAGCCCCUGA